UUCACAUUUUUGGUCCAUUUUUCGGCUCUCUGCGAGAAUUUGGAGUGGGAGUGGACGAUCCGGUCUCCUCUGGAAAAUCUGGCAUUAAUGCGGUCGUUUACACUCUGAAAUUUACUGAAUUGUUGGAACUUUGGAGUCUUUUUGAGUCCCAGGUGAACGCUUUUACUUCUAUUUUCUCGGAAAGUGGAGGCUUUUGCGGGAUUAGUGAGUGAUCUGGUAGGUGCGAAGUGGAUGUGGAGAGUUUUGUCUGGAUUCGGUUUGCUUUGUGAGAACUGUUUGGGAACAUUGAGAAAUCAUCAGAUCUGUGGACGGAAAUCACUGGUUUGAUGAUUUGGAGUUGGAGCAAAUGCCAGUGAUUCAGAUCUAAAAAUACGAGUGCUCUAACAUUUUAGUGAUCGAGGGCGAAGAAGAGAAGUAGGUUUACUUAGCUGAGGGCUCUUAAGCAGCAGUAAAGCUGGCGACAACACUAGCGUGGAGGUACAAUGGUGGCAGCCAUGGAGCUGCGGAUCUGGAAAGAAAUAUGGAUACUAAAGUUCAAGCUUCGGAGCCUCCAACUCCACACUCAGUAAUGAAGAUGGGCUUGAGAGACCGUGCUAGUAUGGAGGAUCCAGAUGGAACACUUUCAAGUAUUGCCCAGUGUAUAGAGCAAUUACGUCGGAAUUCUUCAACUGCACAAGAGAAAGAGAGCUCCUUGAAACAGUUGCUAGAACUUAUUGAAACUCGUGAUAAUGCCUUUGGAGCCGUGGGGUCGCACUCCCAGGCAGUUCCCAUUCUUGUCGCCCUCCUCAGGUCAGGGUCAUUAGGAGUGAAGAUGUUGGCUGCUGCUGUUUUAGGAUCUCUUUGCAAGGAGGAAGAACUAAGAGUAAAAGUAUUGCUCGGUGGUUGCAUCCCCCCACUGCUUGCUCUCCUCAAGUCCAGCUUGGCUGAGGGCCAAAUUGCAGCUGCAAAAACUAUUUAUGCUGUUUCUCAAGGUGGAGCAAGGGAUCAUGUUGGAUCAAAGAUCUUCGCAACUGAAAGAGUUGUUCCUGUUUUAUGGAAGCAGCUAAAACAUGGUCUCAAAAAUGAAAGUGUGGUGGAUAGUCUGCUUACUGGAGCAUUAAAGAAUUUAUCUAAGAGCACAGAUGGUUUCUGGCCAGCGACCAUAGAAUCUGGUGGGGUGGAUAUACUUAUAAAACUGCUUUCUUCAGGACAAACCAGUACACUUGCAAAUGUUUGCUAUCUUCUUGCAUGUGUAAUGAUGGAAGAUGCAUCUGUCUGUUCACGAGUUUUAGCUGCAGGAACCACUAAACAACUCCUCAAGUUACUGGGGCCUGGUAAUGAAGCUUCUAUUAGAGCUGAGGCUGCAGGUGUCCUUAGAUCUCUUUCUGCAAAGUGUAAGGAAGCCAGGCGUGAGAUAGCUAAUUCUAAUGGGAUCCCUGCUUUGAUAAAUGCAACUAUAGCUCCAUCAAAAGAAUUUAUGCAAGGAGAAUCUGCUCAGGCAUUGCAGGAAAAUGCAAUGUGUGCAUUAGCAAAUAUAUCUGGUGGAUUGUCGUAUGUGAUAUCCAGCCUUGGUGAAAGCCUCGAAUCUUGUACUUCACCUGCACAGAUUGCUGACACACUGGGUGCUUUAGCUUCAGCCCUGAUGAUAUAUGAUAUGAAUGCUGAAUCCAUUAGGGCUUCAGACCCUUUAAUCAUUGAGAAGAUAUUGGUAAACCAGUUUAAACCUAAGUUUCCAUUUCUUGUCCAGGAGCGUACUAUUGAAGCAUUGGCCAGUUUGUAUGGGAAUAAUAUUCUAUCAAGGAGGCUUAACAAUUCUGAUGCAAAACGCUUGCUUGUUGGUUUGAUAACCAUGACAACAAAUGAGGCGCAAGAUGAACUUGUGAAAUCUCUUCUUAUUCUCUGCAACAAAGAAUGUAGCCUAUGGCAUGCAUUGCAAGGUCGUGAGGGGGUGCAGCUUUUAAUAUCUCUUCUCGGCCUCUCAUCGGAGCAGCAACAGGAAUGUGCUGUGGCUCUUCUUUGCCUCUUAUCCAAUGAAAAUGAUGAAAGCAUAUGGGCCAUAACUGCUGCUGGAGGCAUUCCUCCUCUUGUUCAAAUUUUAGAAACAGGAUCUCCAAAAGCCAAAGAAGAUUCUGCAAUAAUCCUUGGAAACCUUUGUAACCACAGUGAAGACAUACGAGCAUGUGUUGAAAGUGCUGAUGCUGUUCCUGCUUUAUUAUGGCUGCUGAAAAAUGGAAGUGAUAAUGGAAAAGAGAUUGCAUCAAAAACAUUAAACCAUCUCAUCCAUAAGUCAGAUACUGGGACUGUCAGCCAGCUCUCUGCUUUACUAACCAGUGACCAGCCUGAGUCUAAAGUAUAUAUUUUGGAUGCGCUAAAAAGUUUGCUUUCAGUUGCACCCCUCAACGAUAUUUUGCAUGAAGGAAGUGCUGCAAAUGAUGCCAUUGAGACCAUGAUAAAAAUCUUAAGUUCUACGAAGGAAGAAACUCAAGCUAAAUCAGCAUCAGCUCUUGCAGGACUCUUUCAUUGCCGCAAAGACUUGAGAGAAACUCAUGUUGCUGUGAAGACUUUCUGGUCGGUGAUGAAGCUGCUUAAUGUUGAGUCUGAAAGAAUUCUGAGGGAGGCUUCAUGCUGCCUUGCAGCUAUUUUCCUUUCAAUUAAGCAAAACAAGGAGGUUGCUGCAGUUGCUAGAGAUGUAUUGAAUCCAUUAGUCCUUCUUGCUAAUUCCUCAGUUCUAGAAGUGGCAGAGCAGGCAACACGAGCUCUGGCUAACCUUCUUCUGGAUCAUGAAGCAUCUAUGCAGGCAUCUCCAGAUGAGAUUAUUUUUCCUGUUACACGAGUUCUGCGAGAUGGCACUAUUGAUGGACGAACUCAUGCUGCAGCGGCAAUUGCACGUCUUCUUCAGUGUCGCUUUAUUGAUCAGGCAAUAUCUGAUAGUGUAAACCGUGCUGGGACAGUUCUCGCACUUGCUGCUCUUCUGGAAUCUACUAGUAUUGAAGCUGAUGCUACAUCAGAAGUUCUUAAUGCGAUGGUCACAUUGUCAAGAUCAAAAGGAGCAAGCGAUCAUAUAAAACCUCCAUGGGCAAUUCUUGCUGAAUAUCCUCAUACAGUAGUCCCCCUCGUUGCAUGUAUAGCUGAUGGAACUCCCUUGUUACAAGAUAAAGCUAUAGAAAUUGUAUCAAAACUUGGUCAUGAUCAACCUGUUAUACUGGGUGGUGUGGUUUCUGGCACCUCUGGGUGUAUAUCAUCAAUUGCAAGAAGGGUUAUCGGGUCUAACAAUUUCAAAGUCAAAGUUGGGGGAAGCGCUCUUCUUAUUUGUGCUGCAAAAGAGAACAGCCAGAAUCUGGUAGAAGCUUUGAAUGAAUCAAGCUCAUGCACUCAUCUUGUUCAUUCUCUUGUUGGUAUGCUUCAUUCUACAUAUUCCUUGGCUGACCAUGGAGAUGGUGAAAGCAAUAUAGACAUAAGCAUUUAUAGGCAUCCUAAAGAACAAGAUAGAAACGGUGAAGUUGAGUGUAGCACUGCUGUGAUUUCUGGUAACAUGGUUGCCAUUUGGCUACUUUCUAUGCUUGCUUGUCAUGAUGACAAAACUAAAGCAGCCAUAAUGGAGGCUGGAGCAAUUGAAGUUCUUACUGACAAGAUCUCUCAGUAUGCAUUCCUAUCCAUACAGAGUGAUUCUAAAGAAGAUAACAGCACAUGGGUUUGUGCUUUACUACUAGCAGUGCUGUUUCAAGACAGAGAUAUCAUACGAUCGAAUGCAACAAUGCACUCUAUUCCAGUACUUGUAAAUCUGUUGAGAUCAGAAGAGUCAGCAAACAGAUAUUUUGCUGCACAAGCUUUGGCCAGUCUUGUUUGUAAUGGUAGCAGAGGGACUCUGCUGGCUGUUGCUAAUUCUGGGGCAGCUAGUGGGCUCAUACCUUUGCUUGGGUGUGCUGAUAUUGAUAUAGCUGAUCUUUUAGAAUUGUCAGAGGAGUUCUCUUUGAUCCGCAAUCCAGAGCAAAUUGCAGUGGAGAGGUUGUUUAGAGUUGAUGAUAUAAGGAUUGGUGCAACUUCUAGGAAAGCCAUACCUGCACUUGUUGAUUUACUCAAACCAAUUCCAGACCGACCAGGUGCACCUUUUCUGGCAUUGGGCCUUCUGACUCAGCUAGCAGUAGAUUGCCCUGCAAAUAAACUUGUAAUGGUUGAAGCUGGGGCUCUAGAGGCACUUACUAAGUAUCUCUCACUAGGACCACAAGAUGCAACAGAAGAGGCAACCACAGAAUUAUUGGGCAUUCUGUUCAGCAGUGCUGAAAUAAGGCGUCAUGAAUCUGCAUUUGGUGCUGUUAAUCAACUUGUGGCAGUCUUACGAUUGGGCGGAAGAAAUUCCAGGUACAGUGCAGCUAAAGCUUUGGAGGGUUUGUUUUGCUCAGAUCAUAUCAGGAAUAGUGAGUCAGCUCACCAAGCCGUUCAACCCCUUGUAGAGCUUUUGAGCACUGGAUCAGAGAGGGAGCAACAUGCUGUUAUUGCUGCUCUUGUUAGGUUGCUUUCUGAAAAUCUGUCAAGAGCUCUUGCUGUUGGAGAUGUUGAGACGAAUGCAGUAGAUGUCCUUUGCCGUAUCCUUUCUUCGAACUGCUCAGUAGAAUUGAAGGGAGAUGCUGCUGAGUUAUGUUGCGUCCUUUUUGGAAAUACAAGAAUUCGGUCUACGAUGGCUGCAGCACGUUGUGUGGAGCCUUUGGUGUCUCUAUUAGUUAGUGAGUCUAGUCCUGCACAGCAUUCAGUAGUUCGUGCACUGGAUAAGCUUUUGGAUGAUGAGCAAUUGGCAGAACUAGUUGCUGCACAUGGUGCUGUUGUUCCUCUUGUUGGUCUUCUGUUUGGUAAAAAUUACUUGCUUCAUGAGGCAGUUGCUAGGGCUUUGGCAAAGUUAGGAAAGGAUAGGCCAGCUUGUAAAUUGGAAAUGGUGAAAGCUGGAGUAAUUGAGAGCACACUUAAUAUACUCCAAGAAGCUCCUGAUUUUCUCUGCAUUGCGCUUGCAGAAUUACUUAGAAUAUUGACCAACAAUGCAAGCAUUGCAAAGGGUCCAUCAGCAGCCAAAGUUGUGGAACCUCUUUUCUCCCUACUAAGUAGGCCAGAAAUUGGUCCUAGUGGUCAGCAUAGUACCUUACAGGUUCUUGUUAAUAUUUUGGAGCAUCCUCAUUGUCGAGCUGAUUAUAACCUGAGACCUCGGCAAGCCAUUGAACCAGUUAUUGCUUUACUGGAUUCCCCUAGUCAAGCAGUGCAACAAUUGGCUGCAGAACUAUUAUCCCAUCUCCUCUUGGAAGAACACUUGCAGAGGGAUUCUGUAACAGAGCAAGCAAUUAGUCCCCUAAUCCAAGUUCUUGGGUCAGGUGUGCCCAUUUUACAACAGAGGUCUAUAAAAGCUCUUACUAACAUUGCAUUAGCUUGGCCAAAUACAAUUGCCAAGGAAGGUGGUGUUUAUGAGUUGUCUAAAGUAAUAUUGCAAACUGACCCUCCCUUGCCUCAUGCUAUAUGGGAAUCUGCUGCUUCUAUCUUAUCCAGCAUUCUCCAGUAUAGUUCUGAAUUUUUUCUUGAGGUGCCUGUGGCUGUAUUGGUGCAGUUGCUUCACUCUGGAACAGAAAGUACAGUUGUAGGUGCACUAAAUGCCCUGCUUGUGUUGGAAAGCGAUGAUUCAACCAGUGCUGAAGCAAUGGCUGAAAGUGGUGCUGUAGAGGCACUAUUGGAACUUCUCAGGAGUCAUCAGUGUGAAGAAACUGCAGCAAGAUUACUGGAAGUGUUGCUCAACAAUGUGAAGAUCAGAGAAACAAAAGCUGCCAAAUCUGCUAUCUCACCAUUAUCCAUGUAUCUUCUAGAUCCUCAAACACAAUGCCAGCAGGGAAGGUUGCUUGCAGCUCUCGCUCUUGGUGAUCUUUUCCAAAAUGAAGGCCUUGCUCGAAUUACAGAUGCCGUUUCAGCAUGCCGAGCUCUGGUAAAUCUUCUUGAAGACCAACCAACCGAAGAAAUGAAAGUAGUAGCCAUAUGUGCCCUUCAAAAUCUUGUAAUGUACAGCAGAUCAAAUAAGAGAGCUGUUGCAGAAGCUGGCGGCGUUCAGGUUGUGCUAGACCUUAUUAAUUCCAGCAAUCCUGAUACGUCUGUUCAGGCAGCAAUGUUUGUUAAACUUCUCUUCUCUAAUCACACCAUCCAAGAGUAUGCUUCCAGUGAAACAAUGAGAGCUAUAACUGCUGCCAUUGAAAAAGAUUUAUGGGCCAAUGGAAGUGCAAAUGAGGAGUAUCUAAAAGCACUGAAUGCACUACUAGGCAACUUUCCUCGUUUGAGGGCUACUGAACCUGCUACUUUAAGCAUUCCCCAUCUUGUAACAUCUCUUAAAACCGGCUCUGAAGCAGCUCAAGAAGCAGCAUUGGAUUCGCUUUUCUUUCUCAGGCAAGCUUGGUCAGCAUGCCCAACUGAUAUUUUCAAAGCUCAAUCUGUUGCUGCAUCAGAGGCUAUUCCCUUACUGCAAUACUUGAUCCAGUCUGGCCCACCUCGGUUUCAGGAAAAAGCUGAACUUCUUUUGCAGUGCUUACCAGGAACACUUACAGUCAUUAUAAAGCGUGGUAAUAAUUUAAGGCAGUCAGUGGGAAACCCAAGUGUUUACUGUAAACUCACACUUGGCAACAAUCCACCUAGACAAACGAAGAUUGUGUCAACGGGUCCAACCCCUGAAUGGGAUGAAGCUUUUUCUUGGGUAUUUGAUAGCCCUCCUAAAGGCCAGAAGCUUCACAUAUCAUGCAAGAAUAAGAGCAAAUUUGGAAAGAGCAAAUUUGGAAAAGUAACGAUUCAGAUUGAUCGGGUGGUUAUGCUGGGAUCAGUUGCUGGAGAGUAUACAUUGCUACCUGAAAGCAAAAGCGGACCCCCCAGAAACUUGGAAAUUGAAUUUCAAUGGUCAAAUAAAUAGUAUCUCUUAUGAGGUGUGCCAUCUUUGCAAUUUUAAUUUAUAAAGAACCGAAAUUGCUCCUUCUUGCCACCCUUUUAGCCUUGCGCUCUUUAUGUGUCAGUGUAUAUAGUCUGCAGAGGAAAUUGUCAUCUUCGUUCUCUCGCAUUAGAAAAUGAGUUGUGUCGAGUACUCGGGCCUUUUUCUUUCUUUGCUUGUAAUGAAUUAUUCUUUAUUUUUUCCAACAUUUGCCAUGAUAAGCUUUGAGAGAAAUUGUAGCUUCAGAACUUUGAUUUCCUCCUUUUUUUUUUCCCUUGUAAGAGAUGUUUGUAUGAAUGUUUCUAAUGAGCGUUGAGGAGUGUUUUUUAAAGUGAAUGCAACUUGUCUCUAUUUUUCACA